CCCAGCCCUGUCAUGUUCAACUUGUGCACUUCGACUUCCAUCUCGACUUUCGGCCUGGAACUCGACCACGCAAUUGAUGCGUAUCCAGACAUUGGCUCGGUUACCCUUUUCUCCUCAUUAUUCCCCCACCAAGGUACACUUCGCCGACUACAACAAACGCCCGUCAUGAGCAAACCGCUAGCCUUCGGGCUGAACAUGACCAAAAGACCAGGCGCGUCGAAGCCUGCCCCACCGAAACGAAAGCCCAUGUUUGGCGGCGACGACGAUUCGGACGACGACGGUGCGAACAAGGAGGGAAAGGCCGAAGAGAUUGGAGAGUUUGACGACUUUGGUGCCCUCCCAGUCUCUAAAUCGACCAGCGCAAAACCCACCAAAUCCAAGAACGGCCCGCCAACUCAGCCUCCCAAGCUCAAGACCAAGGGCCAGCUAAACGCCAUGUUCGGCGACCUCUCCAGCUCUCUCACAUCGCGCAAGAAUGCCGAAGCCGCCUCUCAGGUGGACGCCAACGUCUACGAGUACGACAAUGUCUACGACUCCUUCAAGCCCAAGAAGCAGACCACUAAGGAGGACGAGGAGAAGCGACCAAAAUACAUGCGCAACCUAAUGCAGGCUGCUGAAGUGCGCAAGCGUGACGCGCUCAUCGCCGAGGAAAAGAAGAUCGCCAGGGAACGAGAGGCCGAGGGCGACGAGUACGAAGGAAAGGAGAAGUUCGUGACGGAGGCAUAUCGCAAACAGCAGGAGGAGAACAAGCGCAUAGAAGAGGAAGAGAAGAAGAGGGAAGAGGAGGAGGCGAAAAAGAACAAGGGUGGCGGCAUGUCCGCAUUCUACAGGAAGCUUCUGGAUAAGGAUGAGCAGAGGCACGCGGAUGUCGUCAAGUCUGCCGAGCUAAACGCCAAGAACGGGCCGCAAAAUGAUGACAAGGAGGAGGAGCAAGACAAGGAAAAGACUGAGGCAGAUGUUGCCAAGGAAAUGAACGAAAAGGGAGCCUCUGUUGCUCUCAACGAGGAUGGCCAGGUCGUCGACAAGCGACAGCUCCUCAAGGGCGGCCUCAACGUCGGCGCAAAGAAGAAGGAAUCGGUACGGCGCGAAGCCGAGCGGCCAGCUCAGGCGGCGCGGAAAGAAGUCACAGGGCAGCAAAUUGGCAGGAAGCAGGCCAUGCGAGAGCGGCAAUCGCGCAUGCUCGAAGAGCAGCUGGAGCAGUCGAUGAAGCGAUCAAGAGAGGAAGAGGAAACCCAGCGCGAGGAGGUCGAGCGCGCCUCCAAGAGUCAAAAGACGGAGGGCGACAUCUCAAGUGCCAAGGAGCGCUACCUCGCGAGAAAGCGGGCGGCCGAGGAAGAGAAAAAGAAGGCAGCCACGGGAGGAAAUUAGAUACCCAAGAAAGAAGA